AUUGAAUCAGGAGGCAGCUGGACGGGCUCGCCCCUGAAACCUGACUGGAGAUCGCUAAAGGGAAGCUGUUCCAUGCUGUUUUUCCCUCCACUAUGGCAAAAAUCAUUCUGAGGCACCUCAUAGAGACCCCGGUGCGUUACCAGGAGGAGUUUGAAGCUCGAGGUUUGGAAGACUGCAGGCUGGACCACGCUUUAUAUGCACUGCCAGGGCCAACCAUCGUGGACCUGGGAAAAGUCACCCAGCCUCCUCCAGUGGAUUCAGCAACAGAGAUGCCACCAGAAGAAGGCAAAUCCCGCUUUCAGAUCCUGCUGGACGUGGUCCAGUUCCUCCCUGAAGACAUCAUCAUUCAGACCUUCGAAGGCUGGCUGCUGAUUAAGGCCCAACACGGAACCAGGAUGGACGAACAUGGUUUUAUCUCAAGAAGCUUUACCCGACAAUAUAAACUGCCAGAUGGCAUUGAAACCAAAGAUUUGUCUGCACUCCUCUGCCAUGAUGGGAUUUUGGUUGUGGAAGUAAAGGACCCAGUUGGGACUAAGUGAAACCUCAUCGGUUCCUGUUGACACGACGUGAGGAAGAUUACCGUUCAGUCAGUGGCACCACGUGUAUGUUUUUAUUACCCAUGCUUGAAAUAACUUACUAUGAUUUUUAUGAAGAUUAAAAAUAUAUACCUAGU